CAAAGCCCUAGGUGUGUGGACAGAAGGAAGCCGGUAAGAAGGUUACAACAGGUCAGGAAUAAAUAACCAGCAGGCGGAGGAUCCCGGAUUCCGUCCUGCCUUUUGUUGGGUGAGGAGCGCCAGGCAAACGCGUCCACCUUGGCUUAGGAAGGAGGCGAUUGGACCGUCCGCCCGCAGCCGCAGCUCCGGGUGGCUGUGAGGGACCCGGGGACUGGGAGAGGUGCAAACCGGGACCUCUGCACUCCGCCGUCCACCCGAAGCCCCGCAACCGGGACCCCGGAUGGUACAGGCAUGGAUGGGAAGAAAUGCAGCGUGUGGAUGUUCCUACCUCUUGUGUUUACUUUGUUUACUUCAGCUGGCCUGUGGAUAGUGUACUUUAUAGCCGUGGAAGAUGACAAAAUUUUGCCAUUAAAUUCAGCUGCAAGGAAAUCGGGUGCGAAGCACGCUCCGUACAUCAGUUUUGCAGGUGAUGAUCCUCCUGCAAGCUGUGUGUUCAGUCAAGUAAUGAACAUGGCUGCCUUCCUAGCCCUCGUGGUAGCUGUCCUGCGCUUCAUUCAGCUGAAACCAAAGGUUUUAAAUCCGUGGCUGAAUAUCAGCGGUCUGGUGGCGCUGUGUCUGGCGUCCUUUGGAAUGACCUUACUUGGUAAUUUCCAGCUCACGAAUGAUGAGGAAAUCCAUAACGUGGGGACGUCCUUGACCUUUGGGUUCGGCACACUGACCUGCUGGAUCCAGGCUGCGUUGACACUCAAAGUCAAUAUCAAGAAUGAGGGGCGAAGAGCUGGAAUCCCCCGAGUCAUCCUGUCGGCUGCCAUUACUCUCUGUGUAGUCCUGUAUUUCAUCCUCAUGGCCCAAGAUAUCCAUAUGUACGCGGCCAGGGUCCAGUGGGGCCUGGUCAUGUGCUUCCUGGCGUACUUCGGCACCCUGGCUGUGGAGUUCCGGCACUACCGCUAUGAGAUUGUGUGCUCCGAAUACCAAGAGAACUUCCUGAGCUUCUCAGAAAGCCUGUCAGAAGCUUCUGAAUAUCAGACCGAUCAGGUGUAACCCAUCAGUUGCUCCUUGGGGGUGCGGUGGGUGUGGCAACAGGGGAGGGGCCAGGAGGAUACACUCACAGGACUUGACACAUCACCUCACGAUGCUUUUCACACACACGGACACAUACUCACGGCCACAUCUGACGAAAGAGCUUUGCAAGGCAGGUUAUCUCUUUCUUGAAGAAGCACAAGCCCUCACGUAUGGAAACACACGCUGUCACACGGAAAACGUGCACAACGGAGCCAGAAGCUGUGCAUGAUCACCCCCCGGCCCCGCCCUCCCAGCAGGCCUUGCGCUUCUCGUCCUCUUCUCGUUCCAACCUGGCAUCUUCCUCCAGCAAAGUAAGGCCGGCCGAAUGUAAAGCAAGAGUCAAGCCAGCUCCCCGAGCUCGAGGGAAUAGUUGUGGAUAUGGUACCAAAACUCUUGAGUGAAAACCUAGGAGCAUCUGACCGGAUGGAUGCACACCGCUCUAAAGCUGACUGUGGCUGACUUCAGCACUGUUCAGCGAUCGGCUCUGUGGAUCCAGAGAGAGAUGCAAGCCACAGAGAGUGAGCAGGGAAGAAGCCGGCCACCAGCUCUUGGACCUGAGUCACUCUGCCUAAGGAAGAUCUCCCAACGUGAAUGUUCAUUCUCCGGAACGGAACCUCUGCAGCGCAUAGCACCAGGUACAGCCGAGAGGGCGUGGCUUGGGUUUUUGCUUCCACACUACGUCAUCCACAGUUCCAGUUUAUAGCUCAUGACUUGCGAUUUCUUUUCUAAGUGCCACUCUCAUGGGUCUAUGGAGGCCUCGUGGACAAAGGUGUGACCAAAGGCAAGAACCUUGUUUUGGUUUCAAGUAUGAAAGGGGUGCAUACCUGCGAGCUUAAUUUAUAUUUGAAGCAAAAAAAAAAAAAAAGUUUCUCAAAGAAUCGCGAAAGAAAUCUCCGUGGGUGUGAGGGGUAUGAGGGAGCCUCUGAGGAAAGAUAGGAUAGCACUCUUGCUGCCAAUCCAACCCAGGGGGAGAUUUCCAUAUCCGUGUUGCCCAAGUUUUCUAGUUUGAGAGCUGGGAACUUUUCAAUUUUAAAAAUUUAUAGACGCAAAUUAAAAACACCCCCUCCCCCAAAUCGUAUUGGCACACACAGCUGCAAUACUGCAAUAGUGCUCAGAGGUGAGCCCAUAGGAGCAGGAGUUCAAGGCCAUCCUAGAUCCCCGUGCCAACAACAGAGUGCCGAGUGCACAAGCACCCCUCCCCCAACUACGCGCACUAUUCCAAAAAAAACUCUCCGAACUCCGUAGGGGCUCGGAUACCCCGGGACGUAACGUGAAAAACGCUGUUUUGUAAAUUCAACCCAAGGUAUCGCUUCCCAAGGAGGGGUUCCAACGUUGUUACAUCUAAAUCUCAUCUCCCAGCACAGUGCCUGCACAAAGUAAAUGCUCAAUAAGUGUCCACUGAACAGAUUUACUGGCUGUUUCUGAGGUAAGGAGUAUCAAAGAGAUUCAGAGAUAAAUGACAGAGUGGAAGCCGUCUUAAGUGAGGACAGCGAGGGAGGAAUCGUCACUACUGGGCAGGGAAGGGAGCAAAACCCCUCAGUGGCAUGAGAAAAGGCCUGGAAUAGAGUAGUCUCUUAUUAAAAAGGCGUCUUACUGUAAAUACUCCAGGGUGACGUUGUUAGUUUUGAAACUGCUAUGAUAUUUCUUUCUUUUCAUUUUUAUAUUUUAAGGAGUUUAUCAAAGAACCAACAGUUUUGUUUUACUCUCCACACUCCAAGUUAAAGAGCUUUUGGUGAUGCACUUCUCUGCUUUCUUGAGAGUCUCUAGGGAAUGCCUGUCUUAACAGAAUCAAGCAAAGACCAACAUCACUCAUUGGGAUCUGGCCACUAAAUAAAGGUGUUUUAUGCAAAA